AUAUUGUCCCCCCUCCCCUCCGUCCACGGUAAUUACAUUUUCUUUUCGAGGAGUCAGCGGGGACGUGAGACACGAGCAUGCGCACAUGCACGGUCAGUUAUCACGACGGCCCAUGCCCUCCGCACCCCCUUCAGCGCGUGCAAGUGUGCGCGUGUCCGCUGGUGCCCCGCCGUGUCGCUCGCGCAGACCUCCUCUUCACGCGCAGCGGGGCUCGAGUCCGUGAGUCUCCGGUGAGUCUCCGGUGGAAUGUAACUUCUUCCCUCGGUUCUGUCCGUUCUGUUGCCGUGGAAACGUCCGCCCGCUUCUUCUUCUGGUGUUUGAACGUGAAGCCGCAGGCAGAUCGGAGCAGCGCCUCAUCUGAUAGGCUCAUCAUGUCACCCAGUCGGCCCCGCCCCCCCGCACUCCGCCACCCACUCCUACUCCUCCUCGUUCAAAUAACCGCUUGCUCUUGGUCAGCUGACAACACAAGCGAGGCCCUUAAGGAGGUGACCUUGGCAGCAAUCUUGCCUCUGACCAACACGGAUUACGCGUGGGCGUGGCCUCGCGUUGCCCCCGCCCUCUUCCAGGCUGUACGGCUGGUGAACUCUGACCCUUGGCUGCUGCCGGGCCUGAAGCUCCAGCUGGUUCAUGGCAGCUCGGAGAACCAGGACGGCUUUUGCUCGGACUCCAUGGCGCCGCUGGUGGCGGUAGACCUGAAGGUGUCCCACGACCCGUGGGCCUUCGUGGGCCCAGGCUGCGACUACUCGUCCUCGCCCGUCGCCCGCUUCACCACCCACUGGGAGGUUCCCAUGGUGACUGCCGGCGCCCGCGCCGUGGGCUUUGAGCGCUACGCGGCAGUCACCAACACAGGACCCACCCACCGGAAGCUGGGCGAGUUCGGCGCUCGGAUCCAAGAGGAAAUGGGCUGGCGGCACCACGCCAUGCUCGUAUUCAGCGACAACAAAGACGCAAACGACGACCGGUCGUGCUUCUUUGCCGUGGAGGGCCUGUACGCGCAGCUGGGCCAACGCAACGUGAGCAUUCACGAGCACGCGCUGCAGGGCGACCACCUCGACUACAAGGAGGAGGUGCAGCACAUCCGCGACAACGGCCGGGUUGUGUACCUCUGUUGCUCCUGGGACAUUCUCAGGAAUCUCAUGGUCCAGUUCUGGAAGGACGGGGUGGAGUUGGAGCACUACAUCUUCUUCUUCAUUGAUCUUUUUGCUGAGGGUCUGGGGGGGCAGGGGCCUGUCCGGCCUUGGUUCAGAGGAGACUCGAACGACUUCGCUGCCCGCCGAGCUUUCAGGAGUGUGAAGGUGAUAACCUACCGGAAGCCUCAGAAUCCAGAAUAUCUUCAGUUUGUUGAGACUCUAAAGAACGAUGCAAAGAAACUAUUCAACUACACUAUUAAAGACUCUCUGUAUAACCUGAUCGCUGCAGGGUUCCAUGAUGGAGUAAUGAUGUACUCUCAGGCCCUGAAUGAGACCCUCAGUGAACAGAGAACAGGACCAGAGCCAGGAGCGGUUCGGAGGCCCCGAGGAGAUCUGGUGACCAAGAGGAUGUGGAACAGAACCUUCUCUGGAGUGAUGGGUCCGGUGGAGAUGGACGAGUUUGGGGACAGACAGAUGGACUUUGCUGUGUGGGACACCAUCGACGUGGAGUCUGGCGAGUUCCAGGUCGUGUGCGUGUACAACAGUAGCAUGAAACAGCUGAUCAUGCAAGGUGGGUGGUUCUUCCAGUGGCCAGGUGGCUCUCCACCUCCAGAUGUCCCCAAGUGUGGCUUCAAAAAUGACAAACCAGGCUGCCUCGCACGUACAGUUACCAUGCAUCAGAUGGUUUCCAUAGUGAUCUGCUUCGUCUUCGUAAUCAUUGUUACCGUGACUGUUUUCAUCUACAGGAAGUUGAAGCUGGAGAGCGAGCUGGCAGCUCAGCUGUGGAGAGUUUUAUGGGACGACGUCCAGAUGAGCGACCUGGAUAAAGUCCUGAGGAGAACCUGCAGCCGCCUCACCAUGUCACUGAAAGGUUCUAACUGCGGCUCGCUGAUGACGAUGGAGGGGAACUUCCAGAUAUACACCAGAACUGGAUACUACAAGGGAAACCUGGCAGCCAUCAAGUAUAUCAACAAGAAACGUAUUGAACUGAACAGGAAGGUCCUCUUUGAGCUAAAACAUAUGCGAGAUGUUCAGAACGAGCACCUGACGCGCUUCAUUGGUGCCUGCAUUGAUCCACCAAACACGUGCAUCAUCACAGAGUAUUGCCCCAGAGGCAGCCUGCAGGACUUGAUGGAGAGCGACAGCAUCACUCUGGACUGGAUGUUCAGAUACUCUCUCAUCACUGACAUCGUCAAGGGCAUGUUGUUCCUUCACAACAGCGCCAUGGUCUCCCACGGCAAUCUGAAGUCCUCUAACUGUGUGGUGGACAGUCGCUUUGUGCUGAAGAUUACUGAUUAUGGUCUGGAAAGUCUUCGGCCCUCCAGCUUCCCAGAGGACACAUACGCCUACUACGCACGUAAACUGUGGACGGCACCGGAGCUAAUGAGGACAGACUCCCCCAACCCCUGUGGGACUCAGAAAGGAGACGUUUACAGCUUUAGUAUCAUCCUACAGGAGGUGGCUCUGUUGAGAGGAGUCUUCUACCUGGACUCACUCACUAUGACCCCGAAAGACAUUGUCCAGGCUGUGGUUCAUGGUGGUGCCCCCCCCCUCAGGCCCUCCCUCUGCCUCCACAGUCACAGUGAGGAGCUCGGGCUCCUGAUGCAGCGCUGCUGGAGCGAAGAGCCCAACGACAGACCCGACUUCAACAGCAUCAAGAUGCUGCUCAGGAAGCAGCACAGGGGUUAUGGCUCAAACAUCCUGGACAACCUUCUGUCUCGUAUGGAGCAGUACGCCAACAACCUGGAGGAGCUGGUGGAGGAACGAACUGAAGCUUAUCACGAGGAGAAACGCAAGGCUGAAGCUCUGCUCUACCAGAUACUACCUCACUCAGUAGCCGAGCAGUUGAAACGAGGUGAGACAGUUCAAGCUGAAGCUUUUGACUCCGUCACCAUUUACUUCAGUGACAUUAUUGGCUUCACUGCCCUGUCGGCUGAGAGUACACCUCUGCAGGUCGUGACCUUAUUGAACGACCUUUACACCUGCUUUGACGCCGUCAUCGACAACUUCGACGUUUACAAGGUGGAAACCAUCGGUGACGCCUACAUGGUGGUGUCCGGCCUGCCGGUGAGGAACGGGAAGCUUCAUGGGCGGGAGGUUGCCCGCAUGAGCCUCGCCCUCCUGGACAGGGUGAAGAGCUUCAGGAUCAGACACCGAGCCAAUCAGCAGCUCCGGCUCCGCAUCGGCAUCCACAGCGGUCCAGUGUGUGCUGGUGUGGUCGGCCUGAAGAUGCCCAGGUACUGUCUUUUUGGAGACACCGUCAACACAGCAUCUCGCAUGGAGUCCAACGGAGAAGCUCUCAGGAUUCACGUGUCCGAGGCAACGUGUGAGGUUCUAAAGGAGUUUAACUGUUUUCAGCUGGAAUACAGAGGAGACAUCAAGAUGAAGGGGAAAGGAAGCAUGAAGACCUUCUGGCUGCUAGGGGAGGAGGUAGCAAAGUAGAAGAGAGCAGAGGAGGAGACAAAAUAAAGGAAAGCACAGGAGGAGUCAGUGAAUGAGAAGAGAGGAGGACACUGACUGAAGGAGAGGAGAGGAGGAGGCAGAGUGAAGGAGAGGAGGAGACAGACUUAAGGAGGAGAGGAUGCAGCUUGAAGGAGAGGAAAAUACUAAAGGAGGCGAGAAACAAUUAUGAACCCCUCCCCCUCCUCUUGUUUUGGAUGUUAACCUGUGACAUCAUCCUCUUUGUUCAGGAUAUGAAGGUGUUAGGGUUGAAGUUUAUUGUGCUUCAUUCAUAUCGCUUUUUCAUUUGUGGGUGGAGCAUCUUCUUUUAAACGCUAUGUUUUUAACAGAGUUAUUGUUGUGUAUUUGUGUGUAAAGUGUCAAAGAAAACUUAAAUAAAUGUCUGUUAAAAUGAA